AUGGGUCAACAAAACUCGGGAUUUGUCGUGGAGAUUGCAAGUCCCAGGCUGGGACGAUUUCAGGCGGUCCCUCAAAAAGAUCCCGACGAAAGCAAUCCGGAAUGGAGGAUUACUGUAAACCCGGCGGCUGAACUGGUUGGGUCGCCAAGGUUACGAGCACUUAUAGAUAGGCUCUACCAUCAUCAGAAGUUGCUGACGGAUUUUGAUGCUAAACAGAUUCUCUCUGCGCUUCAAUGCAUGGACCCAACCGCUGAGCUCCUUCUUCCCCUACUAACAGUGCUGUCUAAUGCAACAGCUUAUCCUUCGAAUCAGCUACUCAUGAGGGAAUUUCGGUUGACGAAUCGAGUCGUAGAGAUGUUACCGGACUCGAAGCACUGGCCAAGAUCAACGAGAGUCAUUUUACUUCAGUGCAUAGCGAAUAUGGCAGUUUCUUCGGAUAAUAUGGAAGUCAUGAAACUUGCACUAAACCACAUCGUCUCUCGUCUAACUUCAGAAGACGAAAUGGAAGUCGUCGUCGCGAUGCAAGCCCUCACCAACCUCUCCAUCAAUAUUCGAAAAGAACAAAUCCCAAAAUUCGUUCCUGUCAUCCCCCAUUGUCUGAAUCGGUUAUGGGUUCGUGGUGAAGUAAACCUAAAUGCACUUCGAUUGCUAGUAAAUCUUUCCUGCUGUCCCGAUAUGGUACCCUAUCUCCUUGGAAAUAAGUCAGUGUCUGGUCUUCUACGAAUUCUGGAUACCGAUAGAGAAGAGGUUCUGAUUCGAGCGGUGACCUGGAUUUUGUGUACAACUUCUGCGGUGGAUGCAUUGAAUUUGACCUACGAUCGGAUAGCGGAACAUAAUUUGGACCCAUUUCACAACCCAUCUCAUACAUUAUACUUCUCAAUUUAUGGUCCGAAGGGGAGAGAAGAAUUGGAAACUCAGGCUCGAAACUUGUUGAAUCAUGCGAAUAAGGAUGUGGCUAGUAAAUCUGCAAGGCUACUGGAGACAUUAGCUAAUGUCCCGCCAUUCCCCACAGCCGGAAGUCACCUCAACCGUCUAUGA